UGUGUGUGUGUGGUUCAGCUCGCGACGGAGGAAGUGGCUGAAUGCUAGCUCCUGCCAUAUUUCACAACGAGCGACAUUUUUUAAUCACCCACUGCUAUUACCCAACAUUUAUACACAGGACUCAUCGGAAGACACUUGGGCUACUGCUGGAUCUAAUAUAGCUGUUAUAAUAUUUUAAGGGGGCUUCCAUACUGAGGGACGUCCACCGUUUCGGGACCACAGAGAUCCAAAAGGGAAAACGACGUUGGGGGAAUUGGAUAUUUCCCCGCUUUUCUAUGGUGACUUUUGCAAGAGAAGGAUACUACUACGACCUCCGUGUGGAUAUUACAAUUUAACCUGUGCAAGAGGGGAAGGCAGUGGAGACAAAAGGCGUGUAAGGAGAACGAGAAGCUCCGAUGUCCGGGGAUUGAGAGCAAGCGGUGCUUUGUCCUCCGCCAUCCUGUGCGACCUGGGGAGGGGGUGGUGGUGGUGCUGAUUUACUACACUUGGAUUACUUGGAAAAGACAAGAAAAAUACGUUUCCUAGCGUGAAGGACCCGAUAUGUAUCCACAAGGCCGGCAUCCGGCACCUCACCAGCCAGGGCAGCCGGGCUUCAAAUUCACGGUGGCAGAGUCGUGUGACAGAAUCAAAGACGAAUUUCAGUUCCUGCAAGCUCAGUAUCACAGUCUUAAAGUGGAGUACGACAAAUUGGCCAAUGAAAAGACAGAAAUGCAGCGCCACUACGUCAUGUACUAUGAGAUGUCCUACGGGCUCAACAUUGAAAUGCACAAACAGACUGAGAUUGCCAAACGCCUCAACGCAAUCCUGGCUCAGAUCAUGCCAUUCUUGUCACAAGAGCAUCAACAGCAGGUGGCUCAGGCUGUUGAGCGGGCCAAACAGGUGACGAUGACUGAGCUGAAUGCGAUCAUCGGGGUACGUGGACUUCCCAAUCUGCCUCUCACUCAACAGCAGCUGCAGGCCCAGCACCUCUCCCACGCAGCCCACGGACCCCCCGUGCAGCUACCCCCGCACCCCUCGGGUCUGCAGCCACCCGGCCUCCCUCCCGUGACGGGCGCUGGCUCUGGCCUGCUGGCGCUUGGAGCUCUUGGCAGCCAGGCUCAUCUGCCCGUAAAGGAUGAGAAGAACCAUCACGACCUGGAGCACAGAGGCCCCUCAUCUUUUCACUCACCUUUGGCUAUUCCUCUGAAAGAACGAGAGUCCAGCACGAAUAAUUCCGUGUCACCGUCAGACAGCCUGCGGGCGGCAAGUGAGAAGCACCGCGGCUCGUCUGAUUAUGGACUUGACCCUAAAAAACGCAAAGUGGAUGACAAGGACAGCAUGAGCAGAUAUGACAGUGACGGAGACAAGAGCGAUGACUUAGUGGUGGAUGUUUCCAAUGAGGAUCCGGCCACCCCUCGGGCGAGCCCUGCUCACUCUCCUCCGGAGAACGGCCUGGACAAAUCACGAGUCCUAAAAAAAGACGCGGCGCCCAACAGCCCUGCCUCCGUGGCAUCCUCAGGGAGUACACCAUCCUCCAAAGCAAAGGACCACGCCCACAUGGCUAAUGACAAGUCAUCAACACCAAGCCUGAAGUCCAACACACCCACGCCCAGGAAUGAGGCUCCCACACCAGGAACUAGCACCACACCUGGACUCAGGCCUCUGACAAUGGGCAAACCGCCCGGAAUGGAAGCAUUAGCUGCCCCUGCCCUUCGCACACCCCUGUCUAUUGCGGGUUCCUACGCCACGCCUUUUGCCAUGAUGGGUCACCAUGAAAUGAACGGCUCCCUGACCAGUCCGGGUGUCUACCCUGGCCUUAUUUCACCUCAGAUGAGUGCGGCCGCUGCGGCUGCUGCUUAUGGACGCUCACCAAUUGCGGGGUUUGACCCUCACCCCCACAUGAGAGCUCCAGGCCUGCCAGCCAGCCUCACUUCCAUUUCAGGAGGGAAACCGGCUUAUUCUUUUCAUGUGAGUGCAGACGGUCAGAUGCAGCCUGUGCCCUUCCCUCCAGACGCACUGAUAGGCCCGGGCAUCCCACGCCACGCUCGUCAGAUCAACACGCUGAGCCACGGGGAAGUUGUGUGCGCCGUCACCAUCAGCAACCCCACACGUCACGUCUACACAGGCGGCAAGGGCUGCGUGAAGAUCUGGGACAUCAGCCAACCGGGAAGCAAGAGCCCCGUGUCCCAACUCGACUGUCUGAACAGGGACAAUUACAUCCGUUCUUGCAAGCUGUUGCCUGAUGGCCGCACCCUGAUCGUGGGUGGCGAGGCCAGCACGCUGACCAUCUGGGACCUGGCAUCACAGACGCCACGCAUCAAGGCGGAGCUUACCUCCUCUGCCCCGGCCUGCUACGCACUGGCCAUCAGCCCCGAUGCAAAGGUCUGCUUCUCCUGCUGCUCGGACGGAAACAUAGCUGUGUGGGACCUCCAUAAUCAGACCCUCGUCAGGCAGUUCCAGGGCCACACAGAUGGCGCCAGCUGUAUCGACAUCUCCCAUGACGGGACCAAGCUCUGGACCGGGGGGUUGGACAACACAGUCCGCUCCUGGGAUUUGAGAGAAGGACGGCAACUCCAGCAACACGACUUCACCUCACAGAUCUUCUCUCUGGGCUACUGUCCCACGGGAGAAUGGCUGGCUGUGGGCAUGGAGAGUAGCAACGUGGAGGUGCUGCACCACACCAAGCCUGACAAGUACCAAUUACAUCUGCACGAAAGCUGCGUCCUCUCACUCAAGUUCGCCUACUGUGGCAAAUGGUUUGUGAGCACAGGGAAAGACAAUCUGCUGAACGCAUGGAGGACUCCCUAUGGUGCCAGCAUAUUCCAGUCCAAGGAGUCGUCCUCCGUCCUCAGCUGUGACAUCUCAGCGGACGACAAAUACAUCGUGACGGGUUCUGGUGACAAGAAGGCCACCGUCUACGAGGUCAUCUACUAGACCUAGAAGAGUCCUCACGCCGCUUCAGCACUUCUACUGUCGCUUGCCCUGCCAUCCACCUGCAAAGUGGAACACCACCUUAUCAGAAGCUGCUGUACACCGCUGGAUACGUCCACUGGAGUACACCCUUGGAUGUGGAUAUGUCUACUACGGCUGAUUUUUUUUUUUUUUUUUUACAGUGGAGGUUCUUGUUUUUGUCAUUUUUGACACUUUUUUCUUUGCAUUUUUGCGCGUAUUUGAGCAUUACCCAAUGAAGCAGUGCUUCAACCCCGAGGACCGCGAUCCGCACGCGUCUUGUGAAAAGUGUACAUAUGGGAUUAAAUAGACAUUUUAUAUAUAUUAUAAAUAUAUAUUUUCAUGUCCUGGGUGUACUUGUGCUGAUUUGUUUUCACUCUCACUCUCUUAGAACACGUGUGAGUGGGAGAGCAAAUCAUAGAUGACAACUGUUUUUUUUUUUUUGUUUGUUUGUUUCCUUGAAGCACAUACUUUGGGCUGAACUUUUCCAACGCACGGUGUUGGAAAGUGGGACGUUGUGCACCAAUGAAAUGGCCUUUCAUCUCAGUGCUCUUGCCAGAUGAUCAUGUCUGAUGUGCCACCGUGGGACCCGGCAAGACACCUUUCCAAGAGAAGAGAUUGCUGUAAAUGUCAUUCAUUUGUACAUAGAAGAUUUUUUGUACUUGUGUCAUGCUCUGUCUGUGCUAGCUGUCUCCCUGUUUUCCUUUUUUGGAGACUGGGGAAGUUUAAUGUUUAGCCCAACCCUUGGACCUCAGUUGGGAUCAGAAGCACUGCAGCAGGCGUGAACUUAACGACAAGGUGCUUUUAGCUAACUUUACGUAACGAGGGAUACAAAAAAAAAAAUGCAUCAUUGAUUUGUGAACUACUGGCCAACAUUGGAAACAUUUGGCCUUUUUGUGUCUUAUCAAUAUUCCUGGAAUGUCGUGACUGGGAGAACACUUUGGGAAUACACAAGAGACUAAUCCCGUGUUGCUCACGUUGACACGAAGGCUGAAGUGAAUCAUUGUUUUUUUUUUACACUGUGCUCCUCCUGGCAAUGUUAGCCUUUUCCACAGAAAACUAAAUGUCCCACUGUACCACACCAAAGUAUGUAGCAAAAGCUGUCAGCACUGGGAAAAAAUGUAAACUUGUUAAUAAAUCAAGAAAACUGUUUUUGGUGAAACCUCGUUCAUCAAAUCCACUGGAGCAUCUCACUCAAUGACAAAAUCUUUGACAAGUUAGUCAUACCAAUAAACAAAACAUUACACAGAU